GUGAGCUCCUGAGUGUGUGGUGUGCGUAGGGAGUGUGUGUGGUUGUGGGAGGAGUUGGUCGUGGCUCCUGUGGGUAACUGCUGCCCUCACCCAGCCUGCUGCUGCUGCUUCUUCUGCCCAUUCAUGCUCCCGCUGAACACCUGCAGCCCCGGGUCCGCGCGCUUCCAGGCUCCACGUGUGUGUGGAGGGUGUGUGUGUGUGUGUGUUGAGCGUCUCUGUGUGUGAGUCUCUGGAUGACGGGUGGACGCUUCGACUUCGACGAUGGAGGCACGUACUGUGGAGGCUGGGAGGACGGGAAAGCCCACGGGCACGGGAUCUGCACCGGCCCGCAGGGGCAGGGCGAGUACGCUGGAGCCUGGAGCCACGGCUUCGAGAUAGUGGGGGUCUACACCUGGCCCAGCGGAAACACCUACCAGGGCUACUGGUCCCAGGGGAAGCGCCACGGGCUCGGAGUGGAGACCAAAGGCAGGUGGAUGUACAGGGGCGAGUGGAGCCACGGCUUUAAGGGCAGAUACGGAGUCCGGCAGGGCAGCAACACACCUGCCAGGUACGACGGCACCUGGAGCAACGGACUGCAGGACGGGUACGGGGUGGAGACCUACGCUGAUGGAGGCACGUACCAGGGCCAGUGGAUGGGUGGGAUGCGGCACGGUUACGGGGUCAGGCAAAGUGUUCCAUAUGGAAUGGCCAUGGUGAUCCGCUCUCCUCUCCGUACAUCACUGGCAUCUUUGCGAAGUGUCCAGAGCAAUGGGGUCGUAAUGCCGGACACCACAGGCGAGCAGCCCGUCAGCACCCGUGGAGGCUUUGUGCUCAACUUCCACAGUGAGGCAGAGGCUCAGGCAGGUGGGAAGAAGAAACCAGGCCUCUUCCGGCGGGGCUCGCUGUUUGGAAGCCUGCGGCAGCUUCGCAAAUCCGAAUCAAAAAGCUCCAUCUCCAGCAAAAGGAGCUCAGCCAUGAGCCGCAUCAGCUCCAGUGACGGCAACUCCAGCAUCAGCUAUGGUGAGGGAGAGGCUCAAGAAGAGUUCCUGCCGAUGGAGGACAACGUGGAUGCCACCACCACUGAGACGUACAUGGGCGAGUGGAAGAACGACAAACGCAAUGGUUUCGGCAUCAGCGAGAGAUCCAACGGCAUGAAAUACGAGGGCGAGUGGCUGAACAACAAGCGGAACGGAUAUGGAUGCACCAUUUUUCCAGAUGGAACCAGAGAAGAAGGGAAGUACAAAAACAACGUGCUGGUGCGAGGGAUACGGAAGCAGAUAAUUCCGCUCAAAAACCCCAAAACCAAAGAGAAAGUGGAGAGGGCCGUAGAGGGAGCCAGGAGGGGCGCCGCCAUCGCCAGGAUGAAAGUAGAAAUAGCAACUUCCAGGACAACCCAUGCCAGAGCAAAGAGUGAAGCAGCAGACCAGGCUGCAGUCGCUGCCGGUCAUGAAUCAGAUCUAGCAAGAGCUGUGGCCAGAGAGUUAUCUCCCAGCUUCCAUCAACCAGGCCCAGAUUAUAUCAAGCAAAAACUCAGCGAGCCUGUGGAGGAGAUUACUGAGGCCCCACCACAGGAAGAACCAAAAAAAGAGAAAUCCGGAAGCCCCUUUUAUCGACGUGGCACAACUCCAUCACACUCACCAGCCCAAAGCCCUACGCCAUCCCCACCGGGGACGUCAAAAAAGAAGAGUCAGCAGGCCAACAGCAGCAUUACCCGGAAGAUAAGCAAAGACAACACAGCUCUAAGUCGUAAAAUAAGCAAAGAAGAAAGGGCCUCUAUAAUAACAGAGAUUGCCAAAGUACCCUCGCUACCACCAGCACCAGCACCAGUCAAAGAAGUCCCCCCACCAAAGCCCCCAAAAGUUAAUGAACCAGCACCCAAUCCUGUUAGCACAGGCAAUGGGCAGCUGCACACUGCAUAUCACAGCUACUUGGUGAAGGCAACUGUGAUGGUUCCUCCACCAGAGGAACCAGAGGAUGAGGAGCCUGAGAUGACCCAGUCCAGCCUGGCCAGAAUGCUCCCACCCCCUACUAAACUGUUAAGGACACCAACUCCCAAGCUCAGGAAACAGGAAUCUAUAAAGCCAAAGAGCCUUGCAGAAACCAAGAAAGCUAGCAUGGAAGUCAACACAGAGGUAUCAGAAGAAGAAACAGGGCCUAAUUCUGUUUUGGUUGCCAUGGUAAUGCUUUUGAAUAUUGGACUGGCAAUUAUUUUUGUUCACUUUUUGACAUGAUGGAGUGGCAGAUCAGUUGUGGACCUCUGUGUCAUCGGCUUUAAGAAAACAAAAUGGCACCAAGCAGAUGGAGUCGGCAGCGGCAGCAAUAAUGGAAGACGUAUGAGAAAUGCAGCAUGUUUUUGAAGGGAUUCCAGUCCUCAAUGAAAUGUUUACUGGCUUGGUGGAGGACUAAAUGUUAAGAAAAAGCAAGCACAGGUGAAGGUAAAAAGUCUGCUUAUCCAGGCCAUCAGUUCUGAAGGGUGGAGCCUCUCUGUGUGUGCAGAGGCAUUACUGGAAAAGUUUGGAGAUGCACUUUAACGUGAUGGGCACAAACAGCUGCCUUGCUCUUUUGCCAACUGACGUGUAAGUGGGGAGAUGUGCGCUCAGUGCCAGAGGAAUUUGUUCAGGGAACAUUGUCACGUUCCAGCAAUCACGCCACACAGGCCAAAGGAAACCAAACACACACAACAGCGUCACUCUCCAGUCUUACAACGUUACUGAGUCACUGCAGCUUCUUCAAUCGUUGCCUGUGUUGUUUUUAUGCAACUUGAGACAACAUAACCUGUGCAUGGUACCGUUGUAUUUCCACUAAAAUGUUCAGUGUGUUGUCUUUUUUCUUUGUGUUUGUUUUUCUCCUCUCUCACACAGACAACAGGUGGGAUGUUUGAUUUUAGAUCAUAAUACACUACACUGAGUUUACUCAAAGUGUGUACACAUUAAUUUGUUUACCUACUUUCAGUUGUAAUUUAUUAAGAAUCUUUUACACAUUUUAGUUUAUUCGAAGCUUUUAUUCAGUGUCAGAGGUCAGUUUUUUGUGUUUCGUAUAAAAUGUUUUAUGAGAUGUGCAAUAAGCCUUAUUUUAAAAUGAAAUAAUAUUUACCUGCCCAACAAAUCACAUUGAUCAGAAAUAAAAAUAAAAAAGAAUAAUAUAAAAAGAUGAGUAAUUGCCUACAGUAAUAAUAUAUUUAUUAAUAAUAAUUAAUUGCCUAUCCUUGUCAAGCAGGACAGAACUUCAUUUACCAGCAAUUAUGUUUACUUCAAUUUUUGGCCUUAGACGGCUAUUUGUAGACCCUAGUGCAUGCGAUUUUACUGACAGAUGUCUUUAUUUUGUGCUUGGAUGCACUGCACAGCAUUAGUCAUUGAUUAUUCAUUUAUAAAUGUGGGUUAGGUUGAGAACUGCACCGCGAGGGCCUAAGCUUGCUUGCAUGUUGGAAAUACUGGAUAUCCAAAGCCAUGGAAGUUUUGGUGUUAAAUAAAUUCAGGUAGUGCCACAAGGAAAACGUAUGUGGUACCUUGGAAAAGGGUGUUGCCUUUAAAGAGUCUUUAACUACUGUUUACCUCAGAAGAACAUAAAAAAUGUUUGUAAAAAAGCAAAAAAAGAAAGGAUUCUUGUCUUAAUUCUCUACUAUGGGAACUCUGACUGUUGAAUUUAGAAUGUGCUGCCGCAUUGCAACUGUUUUAUUUAAUUGUCUUUGGCACAGAGUGGUGAUUUUACUUAUCUUUUAUGUAUUAUAAUAUUCACUUGCUUUUAUCAUGUAAAACGCUUAUUUAUUCUAGAAUUAGUACUGCAUUUCUGUUGUUCAUUGAAAAAAGGGCUUCAAAUAAGUUAAGCUAUUAAUCAGCAUGGCUUAUUGAAAAUACACUAUGUAGCACAAACAUUAUUAAUUCUUAACAUAAUUUACACCAAAACUUUGCCUUUUUGAAUUAACUAAAUCAAAAAUGAUGAACAAUAAAUUCUAAAAUAUGAAAUUAUGUUUCACUUGGCAAUAGCAAGCUAAAGUGAAACAUAUCAGAAUUCAAUGAAAGAUUUGCCAGCUUUGGGGGCACUGCUGAUCUUGAAUGUUUAAAAAAUAAAAAAAUAAAAAACUAAGUUGAAAAAAAAAAGAAAAGAAAUGUACACAAGCAAGGUUUUUAGUUCAUGCCUAGCAUAUUAUAUAUAGCAGCAUUAGUACAAAAUUUUAAUUAGGUUUUUAUGUAAUGGCGGCAAAAAACAGCCAGAGGACAAUUAACCCCUUCAUGACCAACAAGUAAAUUUUUUAUGAUGGAAAAAAAAGUUGCCGAACAUUUUCUGAUUGGUCGAAAGAAAAUUAAUAACAUGUAAAGUUUCUAUUGUCUUGUUAAAUAUCUGCCCCAUGUGACCAAAUUUCAAUAAUCAAUAAUCAAUUAAAUGCUAACUCCCUUUUAAACAUUUAGUUUGAUGGGUUAAUGAGUUUAAGACAUGUUAGAGAUAAAGGACCUAUAGUUAAACACAGGUUUCCAGACUCACUUGAGAUCAAAGGGAGUUUACAUGAAUACAUUUUCACAUCCUGACAAAUGAUAAAACACUAGCUAGUUUGUAUCUCUAUAAAAAAAUAUUUUACUGUUAUUCAUCCAAAAUAAACCACUAACUUCUGUAAAUUGUUGGCAUUUUUAUUUUCCUUUUAAUUUAAUUUAAUUUAUGUUUUGUGAAUAUAUGUUAUUGGCAAGGAAAUGUGUACUCAGUGUGUUUCCUGGCUCAUAUAUCAACUUAUCAAAGGGCAGAUCUUGGACAUAUUUUUCUAAUAACAACUAUAGCUUGAAGAAAACAUUUAUAAACAAUUAAAGGGUUAUUCUAUUUAUAAGAGUUUUUACAGUGUGCAGUCCAUAAUCCAAGAGUUUCUACAGUAUUCUACAGUAUUUUUCUAAAGUUUUGCACAUUAUGUUAUUGAUGACUGCUUAAUUAUCACACAAGUUCAACAACAACACAACAGUAAUAAACACACUUGCAAUAUGAAGAAACUAGAAGUUACAACUAUUUGAGGAAACAAGAAAAGGAACAUGUGGAAUAUAAGAAAUAUAUUCUGACAUUUUGAGCCCAUAACAACUAGGGUCAUUUCUGUACUCUGGAUAUGUGUACCUGUGUAUAACAAUAAAAAUGUUAUACAUCACA